AUGGUUACUGAGAUGUUAGAUAAUUGCAAAUCAACGGUUUAUGGCAGCCCCCAUGGUAGAACAGCUUUGCAUGCGGCAGUCCUGGCCGGAGAUGAAAAGACAGUAAGGAAACUAAUAGAGGCAAAAAUGCAACUAACCAGACAAACCAAUGACAAUGGGCGGACUCCACUCCACUAUGCUGCGCAUUUCGGUAAACGUUCAAUUGCCAAAGUUUUGUUGGAAAAAGAUGCAUCCGCUGCUUAUAUAAGUGAUAAAGAGAGAGGGAUGUCGGAAUGGUGGACAAAAGAGGCUGGAAUUUUCUUCACUUUGCUUUCGUUGCAAAAUCUUUUUGAUGAAAAGGAUGCUAAUGGGUACACGCCUAUCCAUAUCUACUUCGCUGGGCCUGCUCAUCGUGAACUUCAAGUAAAAGGAUGGAAGUCCUGGCAAUUUUCCGACCAAAUGACACGAAAGAAGAAACAUAUUCGCCAAUUGUUGAAUGACAUUGGUGAUAAUGCAGAAGUGGAAGGGUUACUGGUUCACCCAUACUUCAGAAUAAAGAGAGACCCAUUUAUUGGUGGCAACGCUUGUAGCAACCGUAACAUCGCCGCAGCAUUCACCGUACCUGGUGGAUACAACAGUGAUGAGCAAGGGGAUGCAACCUUGAGUCGUGACCCAGCUUUUAAAGCCUUCAUUAUUACAGAUACCCUUGCAUUUGUUUCCUCUCUUUUAGCGGUCCUGCUUCAUUUUCUCUUGGUAUUCCUGAAGUGGAGUCUAGUUAGUCUCCGAUUUCAGGUGAUUGGUCUGGCAGAUGUCUUAACUUUUUCUGCGAUGAUAGCAAUGGUGAUUGCUUUCAGCACAGGCAGUUACGCAGUGUUACAAUCUUCCAUGGGGUUUGCUAUCGCCACAUGUUCCAUUGGCCUCACCUUCAUUCCCGGAGCAACAAUCUCUAGCUGUCAUCCUAAUGCUUUGCCGUCAACCAAAUGGCAACCAAUGAAGCAUCCUAUAAUAAUAGUAGGUAUCGAUGGUAAAGAAACCAUUGUUAACCUCAAGGCAAAGAAUAUACCUAUUGCCUUAAACGAUAUAAAAAUUUUACAGGAAAACUUCAGUGAAGACCCAUUGAAGCUUUGGAAACGUAGUCCUAGAUACUGUGAACUUACUCUUCAGUCUCCAAAAGAGAUUGUCCGAGAUCACAUUAUCUCCAAGAUUAGAGACUUUUCAGAAGAACUGGAUAACAUCAAAUAG